UGGCAUUUCCACCGUUGUCAGCCCCGAAGGAAAUCCGUAGGAAAACCAGCCAAGAUGAUCCAAGCCAGAUCCGUUUGCCUUCUCCUCGCCCUCUGCCUUUUGGCCCUGUUCCUCGCCGGAUCUGAGGCCGCGCCACGCCCCCAGGAGGGUCGGGAGGAGGGCGGCGGCGAGCUGGAGUCGAAUGUGGAGGCCGAGGAGAAGGACCUCGAGGGAGCUGCAUCCUUUGGAUACGGAUACUACUCAUCGCCCUACCUGGGUGGCUACUACGGAGGCGGAUACUGGCCACACUAUAGCGGCAGUUACUACGGAAUUGGUUAUCCCUACUACGGCGGCUACUACGGAUUGCAUGGACACUACGGACACCAUGGCCACUAUGGCCACUACUUCUAGGCAGGAGUUCUUCGCCCCAGCCAAAUAGUUUUCCAGCCUCAGUAGUGUUUUAUCAGCACCGGACAUCUACCAGCACUAGCUCGAAUAGAGAGAGAUAAGUAGCGAAAUAGAAGUCAGCCCAGUUAGCAGUAAUAGCCAGCACUAGACUCAAUAGCCAGACGAUGCGUUCUUGACCGGAUGGCGAACAGAUUAACUGCACUGCCCCCUUGAGCGAGGAUAAUUGCUUCAAUUAAGCAGAAAA